AGAGGCACACAGUGGCUGGGAAACUCUCACCCCAAAGCCAGUAGUCCUUGGCUAGGCAACAGGUGUCUAUAGAUUUCUGCUUUGAGAAGGCACAGCAGUUCAAACUUGCAGCAGGAGGAGAUUAGCUGUCAGAAUAUAUUAAAAAGGAAGGAUUUUUUUUUUCUAAAUAGGACCGUUUUCAACAUAACCAGCUCUGCAGGAUUUUAUAAUGACUGUAUCAAUUAGACCUCUCCUCCUGCUGGGGGUGCUGUGUUUCUGCAGUGUUCUCAUCACUGCUGACAAACCAGCCCCAGACCAAACAGGAGACCACGAAGUCACUUUCAGACACAUCUAUAACAUUGACCUGCCCACGUCCUCUGACUGCAAGGUGGAGUUGGACUCUCUCCCAGCCAAAGGCGACGGUACCGAACUGGUGGCCACUCCUGUGGGCCUGAAUGCAGACAACAACAUGGUCUUCAAACACAACAUCCGGCUGCAGACACCCAAGUGUGACUGUGGUGCCUCAGAGGCCUUCAAGUCUAUGCUGUUCAAGCUGAACCGCUUGGAAGAGGAGGUGACCUACCUGAAGGACCAGUGUUCCCAAGGCUGCUGUGGCGGUGGAGCAGGGCUGGCUAGUCUGUGUAGUGGGCACGGGACCUUCAAGCGGGAUACAUGCGGCUGUGACUGCGAUGAGGGCUGGGAGGGUGAAGACUGUUCCAGGCGUAGCUGUCCAAACGAGUGCAAUGACAAUGGGCGGUGUGUGGAUGGCAAGUGCGUCUGCUAUGAGGGCUACACUGGUGUGGACUGCAGCGAGCAGCUCUGCCUCAAUGAUUGUAGUGACAAGGGCCGCUGUGUGGAUGGCAAGUGCCAGUGCUUCUCCGGCUUCACAGACGAGGACUGCAGCCAGCGCACCUGCCUCAACGACUGCAGCAGCAACGGGGAGUGCGAUGACGGGGUCUGCAUCUGUGAGGAAGGGUUUUUCGGAGACGACUGCUCCCAAGUGCUCAGCCCAAAAAAUUUCCGUUUAGUGAAAGCUUCUGAAGAAUCCCUAUUGGUGAACUGGGACUAUGUACCUGGUGCAGAGUACUAUCUCCUCACCUAUUACCCAGAGGGGGCAGAGGGGACUAUAAAGCAGAUCAAAGUGCCCAAGACCAAGAACUCCCACCUGAUCACCGGCCUAACUUCGGGUGUCAAUUACAUCAUCAAUUUAUACACAUUCAUAAAAGAUAUCUCCAGUGAGCCAUGCAAUUUGGAAGCCAGCACAGUGGUAUCUUCUAUUGACAGUGUCAAGGUGGUCUCUCAGAUGGAGUACUCCAUCCAUGUCGAGUGGAAGAACCCUCCCACUGAAGUAGAUUUUUUCAAACUAACUACUGUCAACCCAGAAGGUCAGGAAAAUGAGGUCAGGGUUCAAAUGGCAAAAGGAGCCAAAACCAGCUACAUCGUCAGAGAUCUUCAACCUGGCACUUUGUACCUGAUUAAAGUGCAGGCAGUUAAGGAAGACAUAGAGGGAAAGCCAUCUUCAGUUAACGGUGUAACAGAUAUUGACAGCCCCACUAACCUGGUGACCACGAGUGUGACAGAGGACACUGCCACCCUCACCUGGAACAGGGUGCAGGCUCCCGUCGACGGGUACAGGAUCAGCUACACCUCAUCUGAUGGGCAGAGCCAGGAGAUCUCUGUGGGGGCAGACAGGAACUCCCACAAGCUGACAGGCCUGAGACCCGGAGUGGAGUAUACUGUCUACAUCUGGGCCAUGAAGGGAAAUCGCAGCAGCAAGAAGACCUUCACUAAAGCUGUCACAGAGAUUGAUGCCCCCACUAACCUGGUGACCACGAGUGUGACAGAGGACACUGCCACCCUCAUCUGGAACAGGGUGCAGGCUCCCAUUGACGGGUACAGGAUCAGCUACACCUCAUCUGAUGGGCAGAGCCAGGAGAUCUCUGUGGGGGCAGACAGGAACUCCCACAAGCUGACAGGCCUGAGACCCGGAGUGGAGUAUACUGUCUACAUCUGGGCCAUGAAGGGAAAUCGCAGCAGCAAGAAGACCUUCACUAAAGCUGUCACAGAAAUCGAUGCUCCUACAAAUCUGAGGGUGACUGAUGCCAAACAGGCCAGUGGAGUGGUAACGUGGACCCCUCCACAGGCUGUUAUCAGUGGCUACAUUCUUUCUUACAAGAGGGCAGAUGGAAAAGGACAGGAGACGGAGAAGACUCUUAGCUCAACUGAUGGAAGUUACCUUCUAGGAGGUAUGGAGCAGGGGGUUCACUACAUCGUCCGCCUAGUGGCCUUCAGAGGAGCGAUGCGCAGCAAGACAGUUGAGACCACAUUUACCACAGUCGGAGAUCUUUUCCCCUUCCCCAUGGACUGCACUCAGGCAAUGAAGAAUGGAAAGACUUCAAAUGGAAUCUACACCAUCUACCUCAACAGUGACAGAUCCCAACCAAUGAAGGUGUACUGUGACAUGACCACUGAUGGUGGUGGCUGGAUUGUUAUCCAGAGACGCAACAGCGGCAAAACUGAUUUCUUGAAACGCUGGAAGAACUACACCCAAGGCUUUGGGGACAUGAAUGAGGAAUUCUGGCUGGGCCUGGACAAGAUGUACGACCUGACAAAUUCACAACAGUAUGAGCUGCGUGUGGAUCUGAGGGCAGGCUCGGAAUCAGUCUAUGCCAUCUAUGACAACUUUAAAUUGGCACCAGCGAAACAGAAAUACCAGCUGACUGUCGGAAACUACAGAGGCACUGCGGGUGAUGCAAUGACCUACCACCAGGGCAGAAACUUCACAACAAUAGACCGGGAUAAUGACAUUGCCCUCAGCAACUGUGCUUUCACUCACCGUGGAGCAUGGUGGUACAAGAAUUGCCACUUGGCCAACUUGAAUGGACAAUAUGGACAAACCACCCACAGUGUGGGAGUGAACUGGGAGCCAUGGAAGGGACACGAGUUCUCCAUCCCCUUCGUGGAAAUGAAAAUCAGACCCCGCAUCUACAGUGAAAACCCUGUGCUCGGGAGGAAGAAGAGGUCCCUCGCUGGCAGGGGAAAGAGGAGAACCGAAUGAGAAAAAAAAGAAACUAAAACAAUAUGCGUUUAAUAUUAGGAGCAUCAGGACUGCUCAGUUUAGAAUGCAUUUCAAUGGUAGUAGGGCUGCACUGUGCUUUUCACUGUAUGGUCUUUUAUAAUCGGUAGCACCCAGCUCAGCAGGAGAACUGUGGGGCAAAGUGGUUAGUUUUGGUCCCGCAUUUUGGCCAGCAUGCCUCAUAAUACUCAUCUCAGACUUGUAUAUACUGUAUAGCGUGACAGGGUUUACAUAAAUUACCACUAAAUCCAUAGGCACCUAUGCAAACCACUAAAGCCAUUUGUUUAUGUCAUUUUUCUUAGCUGAACAUUUGCUCUUCUUUGAAAUCAUGGUUUAUAAAUUAAAAAUCAUGCAUAUUGUAUCUGUAACAAACUCAACGGGAAUACAGUAUAUGUAACACUACCACCAUUUUUUAUAAGUUGCUUUUAGUCUUCCUGAUAUAAUUAGAGCCCCCUCUAAAACCAUCUUUAGUUCCUGUUAUAAAAAGGCACAAUUCUCUUGUUAAAACGUGUUUGUAUAGAAAGCCACAUGUGGUUCUGCUACAGUACAUAUCAUGGUAUUAUUUGUCAUUCUGAAGAUUAAUAAUUCCAACAGCCUUCGUGUUUAAUUAAACAAAGUCCUUUCUGUAGUAAUAGUAUAUUUGUGGAAAAUGUGAUCUUUGAAAGAACCAUUCGCCCAUUUACUUAUACGUAUAUUAUAUUAAACAUUGACGUUUUAAGUUGACCCCAGUAAAAUGAAGUGUAUAGAGAGUCCUUGGAGGUGCCUGAGUGUUUUGUUGUACAGAACAUCAUUAAAAGCUCCAGAAUGUGGAAUGGCAUUUCAUGUAGAAGGGUGCAAACUAGAAAAGAUGAUUUUAUAAUGGCAAGCCCUACAGUGACCCUGGGGAAUGUAGCUUAUGUAGUUUUUAUCAUGAUAUACUUUAACAGUAGUGUUAGUCUUGUAAUGAGGUGGAGUUUCCAAAAUUCUUGUGUCAGAGAUAUUAUUAGUCAACAGAGUCGUGCAAUACAUGAGACUAAUAAUUUAUUUACAGUAGUUAUGUAUUUCGAAGUAAAACAUAUCUGACAAUAAAGAGGUCAGUGAAAAAAAGCGGGGUUCUGAACUAUGUAUCUCACAGUGGUUCUUACUUCUAACUACUGCGAAGCCACAUUUCCUCCUGACAAUGACAGCACAGAAGGUAUUUCAAAGGUAGAGGUUUAUUAACCUUGUAGCAGAAAUAAGAUUGCAGUAGUUUGCUUCAUUAUCACAAUGCAGUGUACAAAAGCCAACCAACCUUACAUCAAAGAAACAGUAGGUGUAGGACAUCUACAGUACCAGCCACAUAUACAUUCUUGCAUGCAUUUUCAAUGUGCGUCUCCCAGGAAAGUCCCAAACUAUUACUUGCUGGGGUGCUGCUUUGAUAGGAUCAGUUAAUGUGUGCAGCAAUCUUACUUUGAACAUGUGGUCCCCUCUAGGCACUGUCAACUUAUUGCAUUCAGUUAUUCCAGAUCUAGUCUUGUGAAGCUUGCAGUCAAUCAUCUGAGCCUGUACAUUUCUUGGGAGUAGUCUAUGCAAGUAUCAUAGAAACUGAAAUGCACUUUUUAAUGUGGGGGAAUAGCCUGGGAAUCUAACUUUUUUUUCAUGAAUAGAGGCAUUAGUGUUAGGGAAGGUCAAGUAAUGAUCACACUUUUAGCAACAUGUAUCGGCCCUGCUACCAUUGAGACCCAGUUACUGAGGGACUUUAUUUCAACUUUUUGCAACUAUAUAUUUAAUUUUUUCAAAUAGCUUUUUUUUUUUUUAAGUUUACAUAACCAUAGUUUUAUACAUUUGCAUGUUCAGUAUUUUUUGUACGAAUUAGCAGAACCGGCAAACCAAUGAGCAAGAUGGGCUGAAUCGCCUCCUCUCAUUUGUAAACUUUCUUAUGUUCUUAUGUUCAAACAUUCAUUUAUUACUAUUAAAAAAUAACUUUAUAAUCAAAUUGGGCGCUCCGAAAUGAUUUUACUAUUGUUUUCUUACCCCAAAGUUCAGAUAACUUUAAUUAAUUAACUUAAUUAAUAUCCACUAGAUUGUACUGACUAAAAAGACUAUAAAGAAAAAAAUGUAAACUUUAAAAGUGAAUAGACACAAUGAACACAACAGAAUAUUAAAGCAAAUUUCAAAAGUA